GGAAAACGUGUCUCGACCUCUGGCAACCCGUCACACAGCCGGUACAACUUGGAAAAAGGUCGAUCUUACAGAUAUUUUACCGUCCCGAUCACCUGGACGGAGUUGUUUUAGCCAAAAACAAAUCAAAAUGUUGCGAUCGAUUUUUGUACGAAACCAAGUUUUAAACGAUGCCUUGAAAAAAUCUAUACGGUCAAACCUCUCGAGGUGUAUGAGCACAGAACUGUCGAAGAGGAAACUUUCUCACAGGGUAUUAAGUGCUCAGAACAAGAGAGUAUCAGCCGCACCACAAUGGACCAUCCAGAUAAGGUAUUAUGCCGACCUGCCAUCUCACUCAAAGGUGAACUUACCAGCUCUGUCACCGACUAUGGAAAGUGGGUCUAUUAUCAACUGGCAGAAGAAAGAGGGAGAGAAGUUAACUGAAGGUGAUCUGCUUUGCGAGAUUGAAACAGAUAAGGCGACAAUGGGUUUUGAAACACCUGAGGAAGGAUAUCUGGCUAAGAUCUUGAUCCCAGCCGGAACUAAGGGUGUGCCUGUUGGUCAGCUCCUGUGUAUCAUUGUUGGAAGCGAGGCUGAUGUAGCCGCAUUCAAAGAUUUCAAGGAUGACUCGCAAGCCGCCGCAGCGCCCGCGGCGGCCGCCCCAGCCCCGGCAGCCGCGGCCCCUCCCCCGCCGCCGGGCCCCGCCGCCGCCGCGCCCCCUCCCGCGGCCCCCGCUGCACCAGCAGACAGUGGACGGGUGUACGCCAGUCCGAUGGCCAGGAGACUGGCAGAGAUCAGGAACAUCAGGCUUGGUGGACAGGGUUCGGGACUGUACGGUUCGCUGAAGAGUGGGGACUUAUCAGAUGCUCCGGCCGCGGCAGCGCAGGCCUUCGCCCCGCCGCCCAUGCCGGCGCCGGGCGCCGCCUUCGUGGACAUCCCGCUGUCCAGCAUGCGCGCCACCAUCGCCAAGCGACUGUCCGCCGCCAAGCAGACCAUCCCUCACUACCAGCUGACGGCUACUGUCAAUGUUGAGAAGACUAUCGAGAUGAGAAAGAAAGUCAACGACAAAUUGGCUGCUGAGAAGGCUGAAGUUAAGGUUUCAAUGAACGACUUCAUUGUAAAGGCGGUUGCCGCGGCUUGCAAGCGCGUACCUACAGUCAACUCGCACUGGAUGGACUCUUUCAUUAGACAGUUCAGCAAUGUAGACGUGAGCGUAGCAGUAGCGACCCCCGCCGGUUUGAUCACGCCGAUCCUCUUCAACUGCGACUCGCGCGGUAUCAUCGAGCUCUCCAAGAACAUGAAGGAGCUCGCCGCGAGGGCCAGGGAGGGCAAGCUACAGCCUCAGGAGUUCCAGGGAGGCACUGUCACUGUUUCCAACCUUGGAAUGUAUGGUAUCACAAUGUUCAACGCAAUCAUCAAUCCUCCCCAGUCGUUAAUCCUGGCGUGUGGAGGUCUCCAGGAAUUAGUUAUCCCUGACAAAAAUGAACCCCAAGGAUUCCGUCUGGCCAAAUUCGUGACAUUCACGGCGUCAGCGGACCACAGAGUUAUAGAUGGCGCGGUCGGCGCACAAUGGAUGAAGGCCUUCAAGGAGAACAUGGAAGAUCCCGCCAACAUGAUCCUCUGAACACUGCCCGAACUCCACACAUUUUGAUUAAUGGACAUCUGUGUACAAAAUAAUCGAAUAUCUAUGUAAGCAAUAUCUACAUUUUGUAAUUAUUGUUUUUUUUUGUAUAAGUGUUACGUAACUGUAAGUGCGAUCGUUUUUUAUAUAUUUUAUUAAUCACAAAUCAUGUUUUUUUAAGUUAUGACUGUGUCAAAGGAGUCAAUAAUUGGAUAGUUUUAAUUUCUGCACUGAUCACAUAAGAUAGACACAGUCUAUGAGCUUGGUUACGGCUUGUGCAAUAUUUUUUUCUACAAACAAGUGUCCAAUAAUCGAAUGUACCGAGUUGUUACUGCCAUUUCCUUCGAUUAGCGCGUCCAAACUAGUUACGAUUAUAAUUUAAUUAGUUGUUGACUUUAUAAAAGUUUAUUUACCAGUGCUGUGAUUAUCUGUCUCGUGCGUUCGCUUUUAGUCGGGCAAUGUAUAGAAGGUUCUAGAUAUAGCAACGCGGCGCGUGUAAUCGAAGGAAGUACGGUAUUUACAAAAAUAAGUGAUUAUUUAUUUAGUUUUAUAAGGAAUGGUAAUCGUACAAUGUCCAAAUAGAAGCUCCAACUAUAUUUGUAAUACUACUGUGAAUAUGUAACAUAAGAAUCACGCACUUAUUAUUAUUUAUUAUAAACUGCCUAAUUCGGAUUUUGUUUACAUUUUUUUUUAUCGAAUACCAUUCGCAUUUUUGUAUAGGUAUUUAUUUCAUAAAAUUGUAAUCAAGUUUAAUUUAGUAGUGAUUGGAGCAGAGAUCUAUCAACAUUUACAUAUAUUUUGUGCCUUAAUUGAAAUUAUGAUGAGAUAUUAUUUGCACCGUGAAUACGAGGUAUAUUGGUAUAUAUGCAUGUAUAUUUGGCGCAAAAGGGCUUAUAUAUUAUGAUUUCUUAACACCUGUUUAUAAUGUUUUGAUGAUGCAGAUGAUUUUAUGAAAGUUAGUGGAAUAUAAUAUUUUACAAUUA